GGGCGGCGGCUCGCGGGGCGCCCGCGCCGCCCGCUCGUAACGUGUCUCUUCUCUCCACAGGUUGGUACUAAGAAGUGCCUUUCCUGACGUCGCUGCUGCUUGGGACCGCUUCUAGAGCAGCCGCUGCUUUUGCCUUGCUUGCUGCCAGCUAGACUGCGACGACAGCGCUCCGCCGCUGCCAGCCCCGCGCCCGCCGGGAGGAGGGUCCGGCGCUGCUCCCCCGCCGCCGCUGCACUGUGCACUAAAGUGUGCCGCGAAGGUCAGAGCUCUGCUGCCCGAAAGCCAAGGAGAGGAGGAGAAAAACCCCAGCCCAAACCCGGUGUCGGUCGUUGCUCUAAACUGCUGCAUCUGUCUAUGCCAAACUAAUCGAUCCCGAUUGCACCGCAGAGCCCGCUGCGAGCCCGCUGCCCGGAGGCACCUGCCAGCCGCCGUCCCCGGGAGCCGCUCGGGAAUCGCUGCCGGAGCCCGCCACGGUCCCAUGCUUGCGGCGGCCGCACUCAGGACGGGAUGCUGAGCGCUCGGGGCUAGUCCCGGCCACGCUCCCGCAGGCGCACCUGGCUGCCGGCCCCGGCCUUCCCCGAGCCCCGCUAACGGCGCCGCGCUCUGAACUCUGGUGACACAGCUCUUCCUCGAGAUUGCAGCCACCCGGUUUUACACGUACUUAUUUUGAAAUAGGGAGCGGGGGGAAAAAAAAAAAAAAAAAAAGUGUUCUGGAGGUGGCGCUUCCAUAAUUUCCAGUUUAUCAGUUCAGCUACUCGUGUGCCCAUUUUUAUUGGAAAUUUUAACUACCUGUAAAAUCUAAAGAUGGCUGUUAGCGUCACACCGAUCCGGGACACAAAAUGGCUAACGCUGGAAGUGUGUAGGGAGUUCCAAAGGGGGACUUGCUCACGACCAGACACGGAAUGUAAAUUUGCACACCCAUCGAAAAGCUGCCAAGUUGAAAACGGACGUGUAAUCGCCUGCUUUGACUCAUUAAAAGGUCGAUGUUCGAGGGAAAACUGCAAAUAUCUUCACCCACCACCACACUUAAAAACGCAGCUGGAGAUCAAUGGCCGCAAUAACCUGAUCCAGCAGAAGAACAUGGCCAUGCUGGCCCAGCAGAUGCAGCUGGCCAAUGCCAUGAUGCCCGGAGCCCCGCUGCAGCCCGUGCCGAUGUUUUCCGUUGCACCGAGCUUAGCCACCAACGCGUCAGCCGCCUUCAACCCCUACCUGGGGCCGGUGUCUCCAGGCCUGGUCCCCGCCGAGAUCCUGCCCACGGCCCCGAUGCUGGUGACGGGAAACCCCGGCGUGCCGGUCCCUGCCGCCGCCGCCGCCGCUGCCCAGAAGCUGAUGAGGACAGACAGGCUGGAGGUAUGUCGAGAGUACCAGCGUGGGAACUGCAACAGGGGAGAGAACGACUGCCGCUUCGCUCACCCUGCCGACAGCGCCAUGAUCGACACCAACGACAACACGGUCACCGUCUGCAUGGAUUACAUCAAGGGGAGGUGCUCCCGGGAAAAGUGCAAAUAUUUUCACCCUCCUGCACACCUGCAAGCCAAGAUCAAGGCUGCCCAGUACCAGGUUAACCAAGCUGCAGCUGCCCAAGCAGCAGCGACUGCAGCUGCCAUGACUCAGUCGGCUGUCAAAUCACUGAAGCGACCCCUCGAGGCAACCUUUGACCUGACGGUGACUAUUAACAUGGCUUCUACGUGUGAUCCUCAUGGAGCUAGCAGUGCUGCUUCCCCGAGAGCCUCGCUCCUGGCCCAGCCCGAAGCUUUCCCGUGGCGUGGCACUGAUGCCGGUGCCCAUAGCGGCUGUCCCGCCGGUCCCUGUGCCGCUCUAGUGGGAAUUCCUCAAGCUGUACUUCCCCCCUUACCAAAGAGGCCUGCGCUUGAAAAAACCAAUGGUGCCACCGCAGUCUUUAACACUGGUAUCUUCCAAUACCAGCAAGCUCUUGCCAACAUGCAGUUACAGCAGCAUACAGCCUUUCUCCCACCAGGCUCAAUAUUGUGCAUGACACCCGCUACAAGUGUUGUUCCCAUGGUGCACGGUGCUACGCCAGCCACUGUGUCUGCAGCAACAACAUCUGCCACAAGUGUUCCCUUCGCUGCAACAGCCACAGCCAACCAGAUACCCAUAAUAUCUGCCGAACAUCUGACUAGCCACAAGUAUGUUACACAGAUGUAGACAUUUGGUCAUCAAACAAUGGUAUCCGAGGCGAAGAGGCCGGAUGUGGGAGGGAAGAGGCCGAGCUCAUUAGCCAUAGUGUAUGUAAAUACUGUCCAGCAGCACUGGGAACCCCUCAGCAGUGACAUCACACAUUGCAUGUUAACGAGACGAAGCGAGACCGUGGGACUCCACUGCACACUGUUGCCUAUCUACUUUGUACAUUGAAAUUGAUAUUUGUGCUGAGGUGAUCUUACUGUCCGGGCCUGCAGCAUCGUCCGCCUUUCCCGCGCCGCCCGGGCGAUGCUCCCGCCGCUGCUCCCGCAGCCUCGCACGUCGCCCGGAAAGACCGACGAUGCUGUAACCAGAAACCUAUUAUGUAUUGGUACGUCUGUAGACCAAGAUAUAAUUUUUUAAAGUGAGUUUAUUUCUUUCAAGGUUUACAAAUAACAAAGGUGCACCUUGUAUUUAAAAUUGCCAUUAUAGACGAGAGCGUGCAUGCACAGUAAUUUUUGUUUAAGAGUAAUAUUUUUAAUGUAAUAGAUUGUAAGAAAUGAGAAGAGAGGAAUCUGACAGAGAUGAAUGUGCCAAGCAAAACCACAACUGUGUAUAUUUUAAAGCACAUCAAUGGCUUUAAGUACCAAGUUGUUAAGGAUUCUCAUGAAGUGCCAUAGACUGUACAUCCAUCAGAGUAUUAUUUCCGCAGUGUUAUUUUCAGAACCACGUUUUCACCGACUUGAUGAGUACUGAUCAGUCAAAGGGCACCAUUCUGUUUCAAACCAAAGCUGUCUCAGAAAUGGCCAAUUGCUCCUCACAGCCAGUGGGCAGCACCAGAGAGAUGCUCCAGCUGUGCAUAACCCUUAUGGACAACAUUUUGUGUAAACUCUCCCAAGGCGUUGUAUGUCAUAUUUAUGCAUAGUUACUGUAAAAGGUGAGCUGCAAAGGGAAAAGCCAUUUCUGAGACACAGUAACACAUGUUUGAGGAACUUCUUUUGCUCUAUUUAUAGCCUCUGUCAGGAGUCACAAGGACUAUAAAUGCUUUGCAGAGAUGGGUUUCACUUUAAUUCAUCAAGUCCCGCGUCCGCGGCGACUCUAAACAAAGACGCAGAAGCACUGACAGCAGAUGCAUGACAAACCAAAAUAGGACAAAUGAGACGUUAAUUAGUGUAGAAAUUGGGUGGGUUAAUACUCGGGUGAGUUUUAUAUGUGAUUUUUUUUUUGUUCAGAUUAACUGCUUAUAGCCUUAGAAAGCCUUUACAAAAUAAAAACAAACAAAUAGAUGUGCAUUCAAGUUCUAAGAAUGGAUUCAUCCAAAGGAAUUCCUUUUUGUGGUUUGGAUGUUGCAGCCAGUAAAGGAUAUUUUUGCUCUGUUCAGCCAGGGGCUGCCUGGGGCCAGGCCCCAGGUGGGCAGGGAGGGAGAGGCGCGGGUUCGGUUGUAGAACUCGCCAUACUCCGAGUUUACCGCGAGUUUUUAUGCUUGAGAGAGAUGCUUUAUAGAUAAGAAUGAUGUGUUGAUUUUCCUGAUUGUACUGUACAUCUAUUAAAGCCUUAGAUUAUUACAUUACGGGUUAAAACCCAUACCAAUGUAAUUUCAAUCGUGUUAAGAAAGUAUAGGUGACUUCACAUGUUAUUGUAGUGACUUACCAUAGAGAAUUUACUUAUUUUUUUCUUGUUAAAAGUGUAGUUUUUAUUUCUUACAUUUAUUAGCUCGUUUUCAUUUUCUAUUAUCAGUUGAUACCAUUUCAGUUCAUAGAAUUUUGUUUUAUUAGAGUUUACUGAUGACUUUUUCAAAAUACAAAAAAAAAAAAAAGUAGUUUUCUUCAUAACAUACUCAGUUUGGAAUCUAUAUGUAGUGUCUUAUGAGUAUUCGUAUUAUUGUUAACUAAAUGAUUUCUAUUUUACUGAUCUAAUACGACAAUGUAAGAAUGUCAGUCAUUGUUAGUUCUUGUCUAGUUUUCAUUCAAAGAACAAAGAUCUUUUAUAUGGAUAUCUUAUAAUUAUAUAAUCAUUGCUAAGUAAGAAGUUAAGUUGUUGCUAUGGCAACAAUCCUGGCAGACAAUUGAGUAAUAUUUUGAUGAUUUAUUUUGUUUGUAAUUAGUUAUUAUGAGAAAAAAAAUCUAGUUCCUAGAUAUUAGAAUAAAAUUUAUUUUCUACUGUAUCCAUUUCAAAUGUUAAAAUAUUGUUUAAAUAUUUUUUGAAAUCCCUGAAUAUCAGGCCUUGUUAUAAAUAAGCUGCAUAAUCAAUAGAUCAAGGGACUUUUUGUUGAUAAUCCAAAUACUCAAAGUUUACGUAACAAGAAUUCUAGUGUGUGUGUGCAAACUCUUGAGGGUUGAUUAUGCUGCAGUUGGGACGUCGAGAGCGAAGGUUGACUUUUUGCACUUCUGUAUAUAGUCAAAAAAGAGAGAAACCUGUAUAAUAGUAAGAUCUUAUUUUGAAUAAAAAUGUCUAUAAUUACAAGGAGUUUUGUUAAGGCUAAAUAAAAUGACAGGCUGAACAAAAUUGCUUGCAAAAGUGGCACAGAGUUAGCACUCCAUCCCCCUUCCAAAAAGUUGCUUUGCUUUAUGUGGACAGCUUGUAGUUUGCCAGGAUUUUUUCAGCUGGAAAGAUCUGCCAUCCUUCCGAGAUCUCAUGACUGACAGAAGCUCCACUGGGUCAAAUCUGCCUGAAAAUCAUUAAGAAACAAAAAAAAGGGAAAAAAAAAAAAAAAGGCAAAAAAAAAAAAGCAGGUACUUCAGCCCAUCCAGGGAAUCAUGGCUCAGAUAUUCCGUACAUUAUUCAAAAUCUACUGCAUGUUUAAAGUAUCAAAAUAUAUUAAAGAUAUAUGCUAUUCAAACCAGUUUCUGACAAUUUCAGUGGUUUCUUGUUCACAAAAAAAGAUUCUUCAAACCAAAUACUGACAUUCACAGAGUUCAACCACGGACAGGCAAACGGAACAGCACCCGUAGCUGUAGGGUAGGGGAUUCUUUUCUCGCUGUAGUGGUCCUGUUCUUUUAGCAGGUGAAAACAACCUGGGGGAUCUUCCCUUGUCACGAAAGCGUUGCAGGAACCCGGUCAUCCUGUGUGUGCCAAGGCUGGGAGCAGGCGUGGGGCUGGGAGCUCACACCAAUCAGUAAUUAAUUAAUUAACAAUGCCCCGGGCCAUCUGCUGGAAGGACGGGCGUGCUUGGGUUUGCUCUUACGUAACCACAGACUUACUUUGCUUGUAGUUGCUCCAGUUACGUACUCUGUCCUGGGCUGCAAUUUGGGUUUAUGCUUAUUUUAUUAUUACUGCUAUAGUUGACCUUGCUGUAUGGAAAAAAUAAAGUGAAAUUGCCCUAAUAAAAGUUCUCUUUCUUAA